AUGAGGGUGCAAAGGAACGGGGCCUGCAGCCAUGCCAGCACUUCUGACUACGAGCUCUCUCUUGACCUCAAAAACAAGCAGAUCGAAAUGUUAGAGCACAAAUAUGGGGGUCACCUCAUCUCGCGCCGUGCCGCCUGCAAAAUUCAGACAGCCUUCCGCCAGUACCAGCUCAGCAAGAACUUUGAGAAAAUCCGCAACUCCCUGCUGGAGAGCCGGCUUCCUCGCCGGAUCUCCCUGCGUAAAGUGCGUGUUCAGAAUGCCGAAGGUUUCUCAGCUGAGAGGGCGCUGGCCGAAGGCUGCUCUGUUGCAGGCAUUCCCCUGGUUCGGUCCCCAUCACUGCCUGUUACCGUGGGUGGAAAUCUCACAGACCUGGAAGACUCCUUUACAGAACAGGUACAGUCCCUAGCCAAGUCCAUUGACGAUGCCCUUAGCAACUGGAGCAUGAAGACUAUGUGCUCUUUGCAGGAGGGAGGCACCUAUCAAUUUAGUACUGAAGCCUUUGGCACUGCAGGUGGAAAACCUACAGUGGCUGUAACUGUUGGAGAGAGUGGUACCUUAGAUCAGGCGACCCUACAGAGUGGUACAGUGUUGGGAGACAAUGCAGACAUUUCUCGUAGUGCCAGCAAGCUAAUGAUGGCCUUUCGGGAUGUGACAGUGCAGAUUGAUAGUCAAAAUUUUCAUAUGUCCUCCUCUGUCAUGGAGUCCUCCACAUCAGUGUCUCUUGGGAACUGUGUCCAGCAGGGGCCCGGAGUGACUGAGACCCCCAAACAACCCCUUAUAGAUGAAACAAAACACCUAGAACCGCCUCCACCCCCCCAAGAACCAAUUCCCCCACCCCCAGAGUCAGAUCUUGGAGAUUUCCCAGAGAGUGAUUUCCCAGCACCACCCCCCUGUGAAGAAGAACUUUUAGAGGAUCUAUCACCUCUUGCCCUGGAGAAGACAGAGUCUCCAUUGCCAGAGGUUGCAUCCCCAGUGGAGACAGUAGAAGAGUCCAUUCCUCAAGUAGGACUAACUCCAGAGGUCCCUACUGUGGAGGUUCUUGAAGCCAAGCGACAACUUUCAGACCCAGCUGACAACAGCUCAGAGCAGAUGAGCAGCAGCAGCACAUCAACAUCUGCCCGUUCAGCUUCGGAGGCCUCAUCCAAGGAAGCGCUGCAGACUAUGAUGCUCAGCCUGCCACGCUACCACUGUGAAAACCCAAGCAGCUGCAAAUCACCUACCCUCUCUACAGAUGUCAUGCGUAAACGCCUAUACCGUAUUGGUCUCAACCUCUUCAACGUAAAUCCAGAUAAAGGCCUCCAGUUUCUCAUCUCACGAGGUUUCAUUCCUGAUACACCCAUAGGCGUAGCACACUUCCUGCUGCAGAGGAAAGGCCUAAGCCGCCAGAUGAUCGGCGAGUUUCUUGGCAACAGCAAGAAGCCCUUCAACAGAGAUGUCCUAGAUUGUGUAGUGGAUGAAAUGGAUUUCUCUGGGAUGGAACUGGAUGAGGCUCUGAGAAAGUUCCAGGCUCACAUCCGUGUGCAGGGAGAGGCCCAGAAAGUGGAGCGGCUCAUCGAAGCGUUCAGCCAGCGCUACUGCAUGUGCAAUCCAGAUGUGGUGCAGCAGUUCCACAACCCAGACACCAUCUUCAUCCUAGCCUUCGCCAUCAUCCUCCUCAACACAGAUAUGUACAGCCCCAACAUCAAACCUGACCGCAAGAUGAUGCUGGAGGACUUUAUUCGCAAUUUGAGGGGAGUGGACGAUGGAGCAGACAUCCCUCGGGACAUGGUGGUGGGCAUUUACGAGCGUAUUCAGCAGAGAGAGCUACGGUCCAAUGAAGACCAUGUGACAUACGUCACCAAGGUGGAGCAGAGUAUUGUAGGAAUGAAGACGGUCCUGUCAGUCCCUCACAGAAGACUGGUGUGCUGUAGCCGUCUUUUUGAAGUAACUGACAUCAACAAAGCCCAGAAACAAGCUUCUCACCAGAGGGAAGUCUUCCUUUUCAAUGACCUCAUUGUGAUUUUGAAGCUGUGUCCAAAGAAGAAGAGCUCGGCUGCCUACACGUUCUGUAAAGCCAUGGGCCUCCUGGGGAUGCAGUUCCACCUGUUUGAGAAUGAAUACUAUCCCCAUGCGAUAACCAUCGUGUCUCCGGUCUCAGGCUCAGAUAAGAAGCAGGUCUUGAACUUCUGUGCUCAGAGCUCAGAGGAGCUGCUCAAGUUUGUGGAAGACCUGAAGGAGUCCAUCGCUGAGGUGACUGAAAUGGAGCAGAUACGCAUUGAAUGGGAGUUGGAGAAGCAGCAGGGAGCCAAGACACUCCCUUCUAAGAACAAUGGCACCCAGCUGGAGCUCCGUGGGAGACAGAGCUCUCCAUCGGGCAAAAAUGAAGCAGACACAGCACAGCAGAGUGGGCACAGUGCGGUAGAGGCUUCAGACGUACCAGCUCAGUGCAGUGCCAACCCCAGAGAACGCCGUCCUUCUUAACCAGCGAGGGGAGCUGUGCCAGCCGCCAUGUGCCAGCCCCGUGCCCUCGUACCCCCACCAGCGACCCGACACGCUCAUCCAGUGCCAGCAGAUUGUCAAGGUCAUCGUGCUGGACAAAGGCGGUCACGGGUGUGUCGAAGCCCUCCUUGGUCAGAGCCCCACCCACCAGCUUAUCUCUUCACCUGAUGCGGGCGGAGCCCAGCGGGAAAAGGAUGGUUCUCAGCCUCCGCUACCUCCACCUCCUCCACCUUACAACCACCCUCAUCAGUACAUCCCCCCUGACCCCCGCUUAACCCUGCAUAGGACCCUGAGUGGCUCUCGAAGUAUAGUCUAGAGCUAAAAUAUACCUUGGAAAAAUAUAUAGAUAACAUUCAUGUGCUUACCAUUUGUGUAUAUAUGUAAACAUACAGAGAAAUAUAAUGAAAGAAAAAAAGAAAAAUGCAUAUAUAAAUACAUAUAUUUAAGGUAAAUGAAUAAAAAAAAAACAAAGAAGUAUGUACUUUAUUAACUUUGCAGAUAUGUGAAAUAACAAUGACAUGAAAAGAAAAUUUACUUGAUUCAAGCAGAUUUUGAAAAACAAAAUGUAGUUUUAAAAUAUUUCUUUGUCUCUUUGGACUCUUACAGGUUAUACAAGUCAUUAUACAGUAUGGAAGAAUUUCUCUGGCAUUUUUAGAGCUAAAUGAGAAAAGGAAGAUCACUUCACUCCAAAACAGCCUAAUUCCACAAUGACCGCCUAUGUCUGAGCUAAAUCUGAUUUAUUUUAGUCUUUUAUUACAUUACUGUAAAACCUGUUAUGUGUAUGUGUGAGCACUAAACUGAUGAGUGAUAUAUGUGCAAAAUAAGAAAAAAAAAAUUGAAAACAUUUUAACUGCAAUAUUUUUUCUCAAGCUCUGUAUGUGGUCAUGUGUCCACAUUGUGUUCUUUUAAAUAGGGAAAUACACCAGUCCUUGUUAUUGCUCAACAUGUCAGAAAAUACUCUUAAUUCUCCUGCUUUUAGCCAGCCACUAACAUUUGUGUGGAACUCUUUCCAUCUGCUCUUGCUCUCAGGAACUCCAGAACGUAUAUGAACAUGUAGCAUCUCAGAAAGUAGGUGGCACGAACAAAGAGGACUUUUUGCACACAUGGAUAUCUGCUUGGCAUUCUGUGAUCCAAAUUUAAAAAUCAGCAUAAUGACUUUGACUGUUUCUUUGACACCAAUUUCAUCUAAGCAGCACUUACUGAAUAUACUGAAUCAUUACAUCUAUUGGACCUGAAGUUCACUUAGCAUCACUGUUUGUUUUCCUCGGUAUAAGUCUGUUCACCUUUUGAUGUAAGUAACACGUAAAACAAACUGUGCAUUUUUGGGACUAAACACUUGAAUUUUAAUGGUUGUUUCCUGUUUGUUUAGUCUCAUAAGAGAUGGAUGUUGAAAUGGGGUUAAAAAAAAGUUUUGUUUUGUGCUAUAUGUAUAUAUCUUAAUCUGAGUCUGAAUAAGGUACUGAAACUGUUUGGGUCUAGUCAAUGUUAACAGUCUUUGAUCUGUCUUCAUCUCAUCUCAGACAGGUCAUUGUCUGUUUAGUCUGGAAGUGUAUUAAUCAUGAGCACCAUCGAUAUGUCUUGAAUAGGGUGUUUGUUUUCAGCUCCCCUGUCCGCUUAUCAGGCCGAGAGGUUUGUUUAUAAUUACACUGCUGCUGUUCAGAGUUCCCUAUCUGAUUCAGGCUCCCAUGUUUCAUUCUACACACUUUUACAUGCAAGGUAUUGGAAAUGAGACUGAGUGAAUCUCUUUGGAGCUGUGUGUAGUCUAAGUUGAUUUACUGGCCCUGACUUGUUGAUUGGAUAGCAUCAGACUGCCUAUUCCCAUCUCUAUCACCUCUACCAUCCUACCUAUCUGCACUUAUCUAAAAAAAAAAAAGGGUACCAAAUAGACCUCUGUCCUUCAUCAAGGAGAACUCCAUCCUCCCGUACUCCAUCUAGUUUAAAGUUGUAGUUGAGGACAUUGCUUCAGAGAUCUGAAAUUCUUCUAAAAUUAGCUUAAAAUUUUUUGAUGAGGCUGCAGCCUUCAAAUCAUAAAGCUCCCCCAAGUUGAACCGCUUCUUUCCUGCGUAUGAAAUAUUAAAUGAAUUACAUUCAUUUUUCAGGAGGCAAAAACCUCCUAAUAAACUCUGCACAACUUUUUUUGCUUCCCUGAGUGUAUAGUGCCUGAAAGAUAUAACCACACUAUAUGUGCUUAUAGGGUGUAAGAUGUUUAGAUAUAGUCACAGCAAAUGCUAUGAUGCUAAUGCUAGCUUUGGAUUUGACUGAUACAGAAAGGGCUAGUACACUGAGUACUGUAGCUGCCUUUAAAUAACACAGACGUCUGCAUCGGGCUAGC